AAGAGAGACCCGCCCGGGGGGACGGGGGACGGGGAGCGGAGAGCGGAGAGGGAGGGGGUACGGCAGGCAGAGCCCCAGCCCCGGGACCGGGCAUUCCCACCCUCCCUCCCUCCAGGACACACCGCUCUGUCGGUACCGAGUGAUGCCGGGCUUGCGGGCUCGGAGCCGGCACCUCGGGAAGCAGUGAACCGCGGGGACCGGGACCGGGACCGGGACCGGGACCGUCCCGGGGCCCGGGGGGAGCAGGCAGGGGACUCUUGUCCCGGGGCCCAAGGCUCGGAUCGCCGCGCUCUCGGUGAAUGGGGAUCGGUGGCGAUGAGCUCCGCCGAGCAGACGGUGACUUGGCUGAUUACCCUCGGGGUCCUGGACUCCCCCAAGAAAACCGUGUCGGACCCCGAGGCUUUUCUGCAGAGCUCCCUGAGGGACGGGGUGGUCUUGUGCCGCCUCCUGGAGCGGCUGGUGCCCGGAUCCAUCGAUAGGAUACACCAAGACCCCAAAUCAGAAGCAGAAUGCCUGAGCAACAUCAAAGAGUUUUUGAAAGGUUGUGGGGCGCUUCGGGUGGAGACUUUUGAUGCCAAUGACCUUUAUCAAGGACAAAACUUCAACAAGAUUCUUAGUUCACUGGUGGCUUUGAACAAAGUAACUGCAGACAUUGGUGUUGGAAGUGACUCAGUAUGUGCCCGCCACCAAUCCCAUCAUAUCAAGUCAAUUGAUUCCCUGGCUGGAUCACAUUUAUCGCUUGGAAGAACUUCAAAAAACCUUCCGGGGAAGUAUCGAAGUUUGGACAUGACUGAUAACAGCAACCAUCACAUGAUUGUGAGAGCAAAAUUCAACUUUUAUCAGACCAAUGAAGAUGAACUCUGCUUUACCAAGGGCGAUGUUAUCCAUGUGACCAGAAUUGAGGAAGGGGGCUGGUGGGAGGGGACAUUAAAUGGCAAAAAUGGAUGGUUCCCCAGCAAUUACGUGAGGGAAAUAAAGUCUAACGAGAAGCCAGUCUCACCAAAGUCAGCAACUCUGAAAAGUUCUCCAAAAGGAUUUGAAACUCCUCCAAUCAGCAAAAGCUACUACAACGUGGUGCUGCAGAAUAUUCUCGAAAUAGAAUGCGAUUAUGCAGAGGAGCUAACGAUACUUCUGUCAACCUUCUUGCGACCUCUGCAAGCCAGUGAUAAGUUAAGUUCUACUGACAUGGGAUAUUUAAUGGGCAACCUGGAGGAUAUUUGCUCUUUCCAACAAAACCUUGUUCAGUCUUUAGAAGAAUGCACCAAGUUACCGGAGUCCCAGCAGAAGGUUGGAGGAUGCUUUGGGAACUUAAUGUCCCAAAUGAAAAGCCUUUAUCUCGCAUACUGUGCCAAUCACCCUUGGGCUGUGCAUGUCCUCACGGAGUACAGUGAGGAGUUGGGAGAAUUUAUGGAAAUGAAAGGAGCAACCAGCCCAGGGAUUCUUAUGCUAACUACCAGCCUCAGCAAACCAUUUAUGAGGCUGGACAAAUACCCAACAUUGCUUAAAGAGCUGGAGCGCCACAUGGAGGAAUAUCACCCAGACUGGCCUGACAUUCAGAGAUCCAUGAAUGCUUUCAAAAAUCUCUCAUCGCAAUGUCAGGAAGUGCGGAAGAAGAAGGAGCUGGAACUACAGAUCUUGACGGAAACAGUCCAUGGUUGGGAAGGUGAAGAUAUUAAGUCUCUGGGGAAUGUUAUCUACAUGUCACAGGUCACAGUGCAGUGUGGAAAUGAGGAGAAGUGUGAGAGGUAUUUCCUUUUGUUCCCUCAUGUCCUGCUCAUGCUCUCUGCCAGUCCCAGGAUGAGUGCUUUUAUUUAUCAGGGAAAGUUGCCAUUAACAGGACUGAUCGUCACCAGGCUGGAUGAUAGUGAGACUGACAAGAACACCUUUGAAAUUACUGGAAGUAUGAUUGAACGGAUUUUGGUAACUUGUUCCAGUCAUCAGGAUUUGCAGGAAUGGGUGGAUCAUCUUCAGAAACAAACAAAGACGCUCAGUGUGGGAAUUCCUGUGGUCAGACAGCAGUCUGUUCCAUGUCAUACACUUCCACUACAUCCUGCAACACCCCUCAAUAAGCAUUCUGAUGGUUAUCCAAUAUCUGUGACUCCUUCAUAUCAUACCCUUCCACAUCCUUCCUUACACGGGACAUCACACAGCUCUCUGACCUGGGGACCCCUAGAACCACCCAAAAUGCCAAAGCCUUGGAGUCUGAGCUGCCUCCGCCCAGCAGCCCCACUGAAACCGUCGGCUGCUCUGUGUUAUAAGGAGGAUCUCAGCAAGAGUCCUAAAACCAUGAAGAAACUCCUUCCCAAGCGGAAACCAGAAAGGAAAGCAUCUGAUGAGGAAUUUGCAUUGAGGAAAAGCACAGCAGCACUUGAAGAGGACACACAGAUCUUAAAAGUUAUUGAAGCAUACUGCACUAGUGCCAAAACCCGUCAAACUCUGAACUCAACGUAUCGUAAAGAAUCUGCUCCUCAGGUUUUGUUACCAGAAGAAGAGAAAAUAAUUGUUGAAGAAACCAACAGCAAUGGACAAACGAUCAUCGAGGAAAAGAGCCUUGUGGACACUGUUUAUGCAUUGAAGGAUGAGGUGCUGGAGCUAAAGCAGGAAAAUAAGAAGAUGAGGCGUUCCCUGGACGAGGAGCAGCGAGCUCGCAAGGAGUUAGAGAAACUGGUUAGAAAAGUUCUAAAGAAUAUGAAUGAUUUCUCUUGGGAUGAAACUAAUUUAUAGUGAACCAGUAUCUACACCUGCAGAAGGUGAGACUUAAACAACAGACUGGGAAAAACUGCUGCUGAUAAUUAUCAAACAAGCACACAUCACCUCCCUCUACCAUUGGCUUGUUCACUAUUUUAACAAAGACUGGCAAAUUUUAACUGAGUCCGCCUUCCAUAAAACAACAGACUGGGGAUUUCCACACACAAGUGAGUAUUAUAAGCUGUAAUCUCCAGGCUGUGCAAUUGGACAGUAUAAGUUUAGGGUCACCUGGAAUGUGGGUUUGGAAUCCAGCCAGACUGAUUUGCUCCUUGCCUGAUUCUUCCGUCCAUGGAUGUCCUGAAAAAUCCGGUGCGUGGCCUUUUGUUGUAGAAUUGCCAAUUGGGAAGAACACGGCGCUGGAAAUAUGGCACUUCCUAAAAUAACUUCAUCUACAAUUGUAACUGAUAGGAAAAUAAUUAUCAGGGAAUUUGACUUGUCUUUUGAUCAUUGUCAACGAUUUGAGUCAAAGUUGGAGAGCAGUUUUUGACUAGACAUUUGAGGGUUGCAUUUCAGGUCUGCAAACAGAAUUGUACGGUCUCUGGGCAGUUUCAGUGGCCAUUUUUGUUUUAACCUUUUGGUCUCGUGGUGAACUUAGUCUGGUGAAACAUUCAGCGUGUGUUUGGAAAUUCCUUCUGUAACUGAGGCUCAAUGGAAACAGUCUCUAAACCCGUGUGCUGUGAACGAUGUAUUAUGCAUGUGAAGUUUAGUGCAUUCUUAUGUUGAGGUGGGCAAGUUGUAGGAUAAGCUUUCUCAUGACAGAUUUAAUCACGGUGAAGCCCAGACUCUGCAUCAGUGCAUCAUUGGUAGUGCUUUGAGAAUCUCUGCUCUCACCAGAAGCCUAUCUGGGACGAAACCAGAAUCCAAGGAAGAAGCAUUUUAAAGAAAAGCACUCUCAGCUGUAAUAUUUGGGAUGAUUCAGACAGGCUCCCUUGUUCUAUUCCCCUCCAGCAAGGCUUCACACUGGGAGCUCUACUGAUUCGAAACAACCGACAUAAGAUUGUAGUAAAGGAUGAAAGGGCAUUCAAACAAGCUCUGUUAAACUUCUGACUCAUGUGGCUCUGUCUUGGACAAUAUUUAAAAGCUUUUUUUUUGCUAUGUAGGAUUUUCCUGAUGAUUUAGUUCUCCUGAAAUGAUAAGACUGAUAGUUGAUUUAAUUCCCUAACCCAGAAAUCCUCAUCCAUAGCAGCAUGAGUGACUGGUCGGAACCAGUGAAGAGACUUCCAACCAUGUGCACACUGCUCACUAUAAAAGCAAGCUGUUCUGUUUAAAAUCUUGCCUCUUUAAUGAAGACUUUUACUGCGGGAGAGGAAAAUAAGUUUGCAGCAUUAAAUUUUCCCUUUUUCUAACAACUGGCAAUUCUCAUCUUCAAUUUGGACAGACUAUUGUAAAAUGCACAAACCCAAUCUCUCCCCAUUUCCUGAGCUUGCAUAGUGAGGGUCUGACUUAUAACAUGUACUGAUGUACUUUUCAAAUUGCACGCAAAUAUUUUCACUGAUUAAAACCAGCACUUACCAAAGCUAACUCUAACAUGUUGCAAGUGUGAUUAGUAACUUAUGCAAUUUUUUGUUUAAACAGCCAGAACUUCAGUUAUUGUUUUAACUUGUACUAUAUAAUAAUCUAGACAAAGGCACCAGUCAAAAUUGGAGAAACAAAGUUACUUUAUAUUUUUUGUUCAGGUUGUUUAUCAAGAGUUAUGGUAGCUUUGCAACUAGCAGGUUAGUUUACAUCUGUCAGAUGUUCCUCUCUCUCUCUCACACACUCACACUCUCACUCUCACUCUCACUCUCACUCUCACUCUCACUCAGACACACGCACACACUGACACACACACACACACACACUCACUCACUCACUCACUCACUCACUCACUCACUCACUCACUCACACUCACUCACUCACUCACACACUCUCUCUCUCUCUCUCACUCACUCACUCACUCACUCUCACUCUCUUCUCUCUGUCAUUCACUCACUCUGUCACUAAGGAAAAUAUGGAGCCCUCAUCUCCUGUAAUUAAAAGCUGACCUCAGGGAAUGUGGUUGUGAUGUUUCAUUCUAAUUCUGAAUUAAAGUGGAGAAAAUCAGGACAAUGCUUUGUGUUCCAAGACUGGAGCGUGCAGCCCCAAUGUUAUGGUCAUACAUGUGGACCAACCACUGACCUUGAAACUUCAUGACCAUGGAUAAAUAGGUUUUUAAAAACCUCAGAGUUUUUCAGCUUUGACAGAACUAACUGGUACUGCAGACUGAUGAUAAGUUUUGGUAUAAAUCACAAAUGUGUCAAGAUAUGGGUUGAUAUUUUCCAAUAAAACUGCUGGGACUCUGAGCUACCUGCUGCAUGUAAGGAACCCUAGUCGCAUUGGUGUUGGGUCUAAAUGGGAGAGCUUUCAUUGCUUCUAAUUAUUUUUAAUCUUGUGUGAGACUAUCAUUUAGGGAGUGUGAUCUGGGAAUGAAUCAAAUACGGGAUACGGAACUAACAGCUCGAAGUUUCUGUAUGGGACACUGACUUUUUUAUAAAGCAAACUUUCUGCAGCAUUACUGAUCUGUUCUUGUUUUGUAGGUUGAAGGGAUAUUGUAGGCUGUGAAAUCUCCUAGACUUGGCUGAAUGAAGCUGUCAUCUUCACUCCUGUGCAGUCUCGUAAUGGUUAUGGGGUGUUGGAACUAUUUUUGAUUGUGAUAUUCAUGAAUAUUGAUUGUAUCAGCUUGAUAAGUCUGCCUGCUCUAAUUAAGCUGCCAGUCUGGCUUUCCAGUACCAGCUCCCUGUGUCAUUCAGCUGUGACUAUAGGGACUCUGAAAUACCUUUGGGUGAUCAUUGAGCAGGUUCUUCAAUGGGCUGGUGAUCUGAUAGGUUUGUUUUUAACCCUAAGCGGUUAAUUAGAAAAUCCCUGCAAUGUGUUUUAACAUUUCUCCAUCUGUGAAAGAUGUAGCGUAUGGAGAUUGAACUUGCUUAGAUACUUCCUGACGAAGUAAGGUUUCUGUGGCUGAUUGGUAUUUGUAAUUUAGGAUUUCCUUUUGUAAAUAGAUUUAAUAAAAUGAUUAACUGAAA